AUGGGUCUCCUCCUCUCAACCUGGCUUUGUAGACGAGCGUCGGGCAGCAGCCCUUCCUUUUCAUCGGCCUUCUCUCUGCUCGCCGUCCCACCUUCCUCCCGCCUUGCGCUCACUCUGAGCUCCUUUCCGGUUUCUCCGGCAGACGGGCGCUCACGCUGGAGCCCGCUCCACUGCUCUCCUCACUUCCUGCUGUCGCCCUGCAAACAGGAGGUGACCCGGGCGCCUGCUGAGCUCAGCAGUGACGUGGCCAGGGCCGAGAUGGGAGUGAAGAGUGGGCUCCAUGUGUGGGAGGUGCUGUGGAGCCCCACUCACAGAGGGAGCCAUGCGGUGGUAGGAGUCUCCAGGCAGGACUGUCCUCUGCAGGCCUCGGGGUACAACGUGUUGCUGGGCGAAGACUCGCAGUCCUGGGGCUGGGAGCUUCAAAGCAAUCAGCUCUGGCACAAAGGACAAACUGUGGGGUGUUACCCAUGUAAAAGGACAAAAUGUCACUCCAAAGCCACAGAGGGUUCUGUGCUACAAUCCAACGUCUCACCGAACAAAAAGCAGACAGAGACGCCUCUCCUCAUCCCCGAGCGUGUUCUGCUGGUUUUGGAUGCCGACCUAGGGACUCUGGGCUUUGUUGUUGAUGGCAGCUUCCUGGGUGUAGCUUUUCAGGGGCUUCCUCGAGGAGUGGAACUGUUUCCUGCAGUGAGCAGCGUAAGAGGGGGGGCCCACAUACGAUUACGAUAUCUGAACGGCACCACAUGUAACCCUCCGGCCCUGAUGGCUUUAAGUGGACUGUCAAUUUGUCAGUUUUUAGGGCAGCAAAGGCAGCAUGAAAUGUGCAAACUGCCUCUCCCACCAUUGCUUCAGCACUACCUGCAAUCCUGUUUCCAGUUUCAGCACACACUCACACCCAGUAGAGAUGCAUCAGUCCCAUUUGAAUAA